AUGAAUGUUCUCCGGUGGAGUCGAGGUUUCUCCAGGGCUUGCAUGUCCCCUAGACCCUUGUCAAUCGCAGUUCGAGUUCGCCAACGACGGACUUUCCAUGCUGCGUUAUCUUUAGGUGGGAUCCGGUCUCAGGUUUUGAAAGAUGUUGGAGAGGGGAUAACGGAGGUCCAGAUAAUCCAGUGGUACGUUGAGGAGGGUGCACGGAUUGAGGAAUGGAAACCUCUCUGUCAAUACCAGUCAGAUAAAGCAGUUGAUGAUAUUACCUCGAGGUAUGACGGAGUGGUCAAACGGCUACACUUCCAAGCAGAUGAUACUGUCCCUACGGGAAAGGCUCUUGUUGAUAUUGAGGUUGAUGAUGCAAAAUACCCCGAAGACCAUGCGUCUCCGAGUCCUGCACCAGAGUCAACGCCUCAACAACCACAGACUAUAGUCGACGCUCCAGCAAAGCCUCAGCCUGCAACUACAUCACCACCACCCCCACCCCCCACCGCUUUAGCCAACGAGACUUCUGUGAAUACGCCGAAAUCAAAAUAUGCUACCCUCGCAACCCCAGCAGUCCGCGGCCUGCUCAAAACACUGAGCGUGAAUAUCGAAGAUGUACAAGGAACCGGGAAGGACGGGCGUGUCCUCAAGGAGGACGUCCAUCGAUUCGUGGCAAUGAGAGAGAGCCAGGUUGCUGCUCCUGUCCAACAGGAGGAAACAGCAGUCAAUCUCACGCCGAUUCAGUCGCAGAUGUUCAAGACCAUGACUCGGUCCCUUAGUAUCCCACACUUUUUGUACGCCGACGAGCUAAACAUCAACAAUGUAUCGGCGCUGCGAGCGAAAAUCGCCAAUGGCACCAAAGACCCCAGGAAAAUCACGUUUCUUUCCUUCGUUAUCAAAGCCGUCUCUCUCGCGCUGCACGAGUACCCUCUCCUCAAUGCAAAACUGGACACCACCAACCCCGAUAAUAAGCCACACCUGAUCAUGCGACCAAGACACAAUAUCGGCGUUGCGGUGGAUACGCCGCAAGGGCUGGUAGUCCCGAAUAUCAAGGACGUUGGCAGCCGCUCCAUUCUCGAAGUUGCCGCGGAGCUCUCGAGACUAGGCGCGCUUGGGAAGGAAGGAAAGCUUACUCCUGCCGACCUUCGCGGCGGCACGAUCACCGUCUCAAACAUUGGAAACAUUGGAGGCACUUAUGUCGGUCCAGUGAUUAUUCCCAAUGAAUUGGCUAUUCUGGGGAUAGGAAGGGUCAAAACAACGCCCGUCUUUGAUGCUGCCGGCCACGUCACAAAGGGUGAACUGGUGAAUUUCAGCUGGAGUGCCGAUCAUCGCGUGGUAGAUGGUGCGACGAUGGCUAGGAUGGCUAGUAGGGUUAAGGAGUUUAUCGAGUCUCCUGAUCUGAUGCUCUUACAUUUGCGAUAGCCUUCGUGGUCCUAUUCUUAGAGUUACAUAGAACAGUCAUUUCCUCCCCCUUUCCCUCCUUCUUAAAGUUUUCAUGUAUACCUGCGUUUCUUCUUGUAGUUUACGUAUACCGGUAGGCAGGUCUCUACUGGCAGGGACGAGACUAGCUGUGGAAUAUCACUUGGGUGGUAGUUGAGGUUUCAAUGUUACUUGACAAAAACCUAAGUAAAAAGUGUUAAGGAAACCCCUUAAUUAAGC